AUGCGACCCCAGUUCAUCGACGAGCUGAUCGCCCGGUUGGACCGCUACCAUCUGAUCCGCGUCAACGGGACGCCGGCGUCGGGCAAGACCUCGAUGACGCGGGUGCUGGCCAACGAGCUGCUCGCCCGCUACCCGCAGACCCCCGUGUAUCUGCUGUGCGGCUGGGAGUGGGACGACGUGCGGUUCGCGGGCGGCUGGGCGCUCUAUCUGCAGCAACAGCUGGGGACGCAUGGCCAUCGGCUCAUCACGCAUCCCGGCUUCUUGCUGUUGGAUGAGGCGCAGCAGACCUACUGGGACACGCAGCUCUGGACGGACCUCUUCAAGUCCAUUACCGGCAGCAGUGCCGUCAAGGUCGUGCUGUUCACGUGCUAUGGCUCGGCCGGCUCCGAGCCCGGGUGGGCGACGACGACGAUGCGAGAGCUCCCCGGGAAGACGCCAAUGGUCUUUAAACCGCAUCAGCAGAUCUCGCUCCGGCCGGAGGAAUCCGAGGAGACAGCCCCGCGCUGGAAGCCGGUGGGCUUGCUGCUCGAUGAGACCGAGGCCCACGAGAUCCUGGAUCGAUAUGUGCCAAUUGUCAUAUCCAACGGGGCGGACAUCUUGACCAAGGAGUUGAAGCAUGGCUUGUUCCUGGUUAGUGGGGGGCACGCGGGCUUGCUGGUGUCCCUCGCCGACGCCCUGGAAUUGAUACCGGAGAUCUAUGCUCUGAUCCGGAAACGCCAGCCACUCGACUGGACGACACAAUCCGCUUACUCAAGUUUCUUCAAGAACGCCGUCAUGUACGAUGGGACUCUGGAGUCGAGCUAUGCCGGCAGCCCGGAUCAACAGCGGGCUCUGCAGGCGAUCUGGAAGGAAGGGUGGCUUCAUGCGGAGAUCGUGCUGGGAGAGACACGCUAUGUGUUUCCUACCCAGAUUCAUCGAUGGUUGGCUAAGAGUAUUGGCUCCAGGUAUUGUCAGUGCCUUUUCUUCCGCGACGACGCACCGGCCAAAGAAAUGGCCUAUCGAUCCCCACUGGAGAUGGCUACCGAAGCCAUUCGCCAAUUCGACCCGCACCAGCUGUCGAAGACCGCGCGCACGCUGGAAGAUCAAUACCAGAAGGAGUUCUACCGCUGUCUCUUCCCGCUCCUCCUCGAGUACCAGAUCGCGAUGUUGCCGGAGUAUCUCAUCAAGAAAACGGCGGGUCUCCGGAGCGGCAGGAUCGACUUCCUGGUCGAGCAGAAGAAGUGGGGAUUGGAGCUGAUGUGCGACGGCGACCGGAUCACACAGUACAUGCGACGCUUCGAGAAAGACGGCCCGUACUUUGCGAUGAUCCGGGACGAGCUGAUGGAGGAUUACAUUGUUUUGAAUUUCACCCAGACCCGACCACGCAGGAAGUACCCAGGAUACCGCGGCCACCUGUAUCAUGUGGUCUUCUCCGAGGACUGCCGCAACGUCCAGGUCCUGGACGCCUCGGAUCUGAGUGAAGUCGUUGCUUUUGUGCUGGUCGAGAAAGCAGAUUUGUUCCGCUAG